GAACUUUGUGUGUGUGUGUGUGUGUGUGUUUCGAGCUGCAGGGGGGUUGGGUCACUGCAGGGGAGAGAAACACUGAAAUUAGCGGGUUUAACAGGAGAAGUCGCGGAACGGGAGACCCGCGGCACCAGUACAGGAUUCUAACGUCCUCUCGGCUCGGUACCGGAACCGUAACUGUAGUCCUGGUUCUGGUUUGCCGCUGUGGCCGGAGCGCGCGCGGUACAUCAGAGGAGCCCCGCUGUUACUUUGUAACUUUAAUCAGAGCGAGACGGAGUGUGGUGUAAUAACACACCCAGUGUGUGACACAGUGCUGAUGGCCACGAGUGCGCUGGGUGUAGUGUGUGUGUGUGCACUGCUGUGUGUGGUGGAUCUGAAGCCCACAGUGAGGAAGGACAGAAUCCACCAUGAAGCCGAACUGAGCCGGAAACCUCACGAGGACCAGCACGCGGACCGCCAGAGCCUGCAGUUCGACCAUGAAGCGUUUUUGGGGAAAGAAAUGGCGAAGACUUUCGAUCAGCUGAGUCCAGAGGAGAGCAGAGACAGGCUGAGUAAGAUUGUGGAUCGUAUCGACAGUGAUACUGAUGGAUUCAUCACUGCUGAUGAGCUGAAGCUUUGGAUUAAACGUGUUCAAAAACGUUAUGUUUACGAGAAUGUUGCAAAAUUAUGGCGUGACUAUGACCUGAACAAAGACGACGCAAUUGCCUGGGACGAAUAUAAACAGGCCACCUAUGGAUAUUACCUUGCAAACCCAGAGGAGUUUGCAGAUUCUUCUGAUCAGUUCAGCUUUAAAAAGAUGCUGCCACGAGAUGAGCGUAGAUUUAAAGCAGCUGAUCUGAAUGGAGACGAGCGAGCAGAGAGGGAUGAGUUCACUGCUUUCCUUCAUCCUGAGGAGUUUGAACACAUGAGGGACAUUGUUGUCCUGGAGACAUUGGAGGACAUAGAUAAAAACGGAGAUGGCUACGUGGAUGAAGACGAAUACAUCGCGGACAUGUUCGCACAUGAAGAUGGUGGACCUGAACCAGACUGGGUGAGAACUGAGAGAGAUCAGUUUUCUGAUUUCAGAGAUCUGAAUAAAGAUGGGAAGAUGGAUGUGGAGGAGAUUCGUCACUGGAUUCUUCCUCAGGAUUAUGAUCACGCUCAGGCUGAGGCACGACACCUUCUGUACGAGUCUGACGCCGAUAAGGAUCAGAUGCUGACGAAAGAGGAGAUUCUGCAGAACUGGAACAUGUUUGUAGGAAGUCAAGCAACAAACUAUGGAGAAGAUCUGACCAAGAACCACGACGAGCUCUGAACACAGUACAGCCAGGGGCAAUCAGUGCAUUUCUACCUUCACACUAAUGUAGAAUGUGGACACUAUCGUGUCCCCAUGAACUAUGAUGAUGCAAAUCACAAAACGCUAUUAGGAUGUAAAAUCCCAGGACUUUCUCCAGGAGUAACUGACGGAUCUGCAGAUUUCUCAUCUACCUCAGUAUUACUCAGUGUCCUUCUGUUUCUGAGUGAAUUAGAGACUUUAACUGCAAGUUUGUUUGUUUUUUACAGAUAAAGUGUUUAAGUAGAUCUUUUAAUUAUCUAAAGAGUGAGUCUGAUCUGUGAAGUGUGUUUGGGAUCUGUUUAUUGUGCUUUAGUGUUAUUUACUGUUGAGAACAAAUUGAUACACAGUCAGUUACAAACGUGACUUUUAUAUCCUCUUUCUGUUUUUUUUGUUUGUUUGUUUGUUUGUUUUAUUCUGAUCUCAUUUUAAAAAGUUGUAACUUUUUACCUGAAAGUUUGAAUUCAAUACAACCAGAUGUAUAGUCUUAUUUGCCAGAUAAUACCAGGAUAAACUCAGUGCACUGGUUACUAUUCAAUUGUCAAUUGUCACUGCAAAUGAUUUUCAAAAAAAUAAACCAUGAUUAUUCUGCA